AUGUCUACAACCGAACACUCGACACCAGAUGUUUCUACAACUGAAAGCUCAACAACUGAAAGUUCUACACCAAAAGUGUAUACAACUGAAAGCCAUAGAACUGAACAGUCUACAACUAAAGUUUCGUUAACCAAAAGCUCUACACCAACAGUAUUAAUCACUACAAGCAUUGCAACUGAUCGCUUCACGACUGAAGUUUCUUCAACCGAACUCUCAACAGCUGAAUGGUUGACACCACAAGUUUCUACAACUGAAAGCUCUUCCACUGACAGCCUUACGACUGAAGUUUCUGCAACCGAAAGCUCUUCAACUGAACUCUCUACCACUGAAGUUUCGUCAACCGAAAACCCAUUUAAAAAGUCUACACCACAAGUUUCUACAAUAGAAAGCUCUUCCACUGAAAGCUUAACGACUGAAGUUUCUUCAACCGAAAGCUCUUCAACUGAACUCUCUACCACUGUAGUCUCGUCAACCGAAAGCCAAACUGAAGGUUCUACACCAGAAGUUUCUACAACUGAAAGCCCAAAUGAAAGUUCUACACCACAAGUUUCUACAACAGAAAGCUCUUCCACUGAAAGCUUUACGACCGAACUUUCUUCAACCGCAAGCUCUACAACUGAACUCCCUACAGCUGAAGUCUCGUCAACCAAAGGAUCAACUGAAAGUUCGACACCACACGUUUCUACAACUGAAAGCUCUUCCACUGAAAGUCUUACGAGCGAAGUUUCUUCAACCGAAAGCUCUUCAACUGAACUCUCUACCACUGAAGUCUCCUCAACUGAGAGCCCAUCUGAAAGUUUUACACCGGAAGUGUCUACAACUGAAAGCUCUUCCACUGGAAGCUUUAUGACUGAAGUUUCUUCAACCAAAAGCUCUUCAACUGAACUCUCUACAACCGAAGUUUUGUCAACCGAGAGCCCAUCAACUGAAAGUUCCACACCAAAAGUUUCAACAACUGUACGCUCUUCAACCGAAAGCUCUUCAACUGAACUCUUUACAACCGAAGUCUCGUCAACCAAGGGCCCAUCUGAAAGUUCUACACCAGAAGUGUCUACAACUGAAAGCUCUUCCACUGGAAGCCUUAUGACUGAAGUUUCGUCAACCGAAAGCUCUUCAACUGAACUCUCUACCACUAAAGUCUCGUCAACCGAGAGCCCAUCAACUGAAGGUUCCACACCAAAAGUUUCAACAACUGUAAGCUCUUCAACCGAAAGCUCUUCAACUGAACUCUUUACAACCGAAGUCUCGUCAACCGAGAGCCCAUCUGAAAGUUCUACACCACAAGUUUCUACAACAGAAAGCUCUUCCACUGAAAGCUUAACGACUGAAGUUUCUUCAACCGAAAGCUCUUCAACUGAACUCUCUACCACUGUAGUCUCGUCAACCGAAAGCCAAACUGAAGGUUCUACACCAGAAGUUUCUACAACUGAAAGCUCUUCCACUAAAAGCUUUACGACCGAAGUUUCUUCAACCGCAAGCUCUACAACUGAACUCCCUACAGCUGAAGUCUCGUCAACCACAGGAUCAACUGAAAGUUCGACACAACACGUUUCUACAACUGAAAGCUCUUCCACUGAAAGCCUUACGAGCGAAGUUUCUUCAACCGAAAGCUCUUCAACUGAACUCUCUACCACUGAAGUCUCCUCAACCGAGAGCCCAUCUGAAAGUUCUACACCGGAAGUGUCUACAACCGAAAGCUCUUCCACUGGAAGCUUUAUGACUGAAGUUUCUUCAACCAAAAGCUCUUCAACUGAACUCUCUACCACUAAAGUCUCGUCAACAGAGAGCCCAUCAACUGAAAGUUCCACACCAAAAGUUUCAACAACUGUACGCUCUUCAACCGAAAGCUCUUCAACUGAACUCUUUACAACCGAAGUCUCGUCAACCGAGAGCCCAUCUGAAAGUUCUACACCAGAAGUGUCUACAACUGAUAGCUCUUCAACUGAAACCUUUACGACUGAAGUUUCUUCAACCGAAAGCUCUUCAACCGAACUCUCUUCCACUGAAGUCUCGUCAACCGAGAGCCUAUCUGAAAGUUCUACACCAGAAGUGUCUACGUUUGAAAACUCUUCCACCGAAACCUUUACGACUGAAGCUUCUUCAACCGAAAGCUCUUCAACUGAACUCUCUACAACCGAAGUCUCGUCAACCGAGAGCCCAAUUGAAAGUUCUACACCAGACGUUUCUACAACUGAAAGCUCUUCCACCGAAACCUUUACGACUGAAGUUUCUUCAACCGAAAGCUCUUCAACCGAACUCUCUUCCACUGAAGUCUUGUCAACCGAGAGCCCAACUGAAAGUUUUACACAGGAAGUUUCCACAACUGAAGGCUCUUCAACCGAAAGCUCAACGACUGAAGUUUUUCCAACCGAAAGCUCUUCAACUGAACUCUCUACAACCGAAGUCUCGCCAACCGAGAGCCCAAUUGAAAGUUCUACACCAGAAGUGUCUACGUUUGAAAGCUCUUCCACCGAAAUCUUUACGACUGAAGUUUCUUCAACCGAAAGCUCUUCAACUGAACUCUCUACAACCGAAGUCUCGUCAACCGACAGCCCUAUUGAAAGUUCUACACCGGACGUUUCUACAGCUGAAAGCUCUUCCACCGAAACCUUCUCGACUGAAGUUUCUUCAACCGAAAGCUCUUCAACUGAACUCUCUACCACUGAAGUCUCGUCAACCGAGAGCCCAAUUGAAAGUUCUACACCAGACGUUUAUACAACUGAAAGCUCUUCCACCGAAACCUUUACGACUGAAGUUUCUUCAACCGAAAGCUCUUCAACUGAACUCUCUACCACUGAAGUCUCGUCAACCGAGAGCCCAAUUGAAAGUUCUACACCAGACGUUUCUACAACUGAAAGCUCUUCCACCAAAACCUUUACGACUGAAGUUUUUUCAACCGAAAGCUCUUCAACCGAACUAUCUUCCACUGAAGUCUCGUCAACGGAGAGCCCAUCUGAAAGUUCUACAGCAGAAGUGUCUACGUUUGAAAGCUCUUCCACCGACGAAUUUACGACUGAAGUUUCUUCAACCGAAAGCUCUUCAACUGAACUCUCUACCACUGAAGUCUCGUCAACCGAGAGCCCAAUUGAAAGUUCUACACCAGACGUUUCUACAACUGAAAGAUCUUCCACUGAAACCUUUACGAUUGAAGUUUCUUCAACCGAAAGCUCUUCAACCGAACUCUCUUCCACUGAAGUUUCGUCAACCGAGAGCCCAACUGAAAGUUUUACACUGGAAGUUUCCACAACUGAAAGCUCUUCAACCGAACUCUCUUCCACUGAAGUUUCGUCAACCGAGAGCCCAACUGAAAGUUUUACACUGGAAGUUUCCACAACUGAAGGCUCUUCAACCGAAAGCUCAACGACCGAAGUUUCUUCAAUCGAAAGCUCUUCAACUGAACUCUCUACAACCGAAGUCUCGUCAACCGAGAGCCCAUCUGAAAGUUCUACACCAGAAGUGUCUACGUUUGAAAGCUCUUCCACUGACGGAUUUACGACUGAAGUUUCUUCAACCGAAAGCUCUUCAACUGAACUCUCUACAACCGAAGUCUCGUCAACCGAGAGCCCAUUUAAAAGUUCUACACCAGACGUUUCUACAACUGAAAGCUCUUCCACCGAAACCUUUACGACUGAAGUUUCUUCAACCGAAAGCUCUUCAACUGAACUCUCUACCACUGAAGUCUCGUCAACCGAGAGCCCAUCUGAAAGUUCUACACCAGAAGUGUCUACAACUGAAAGCUCUUCCACUGAACUCUCUACCACUGAAGUCUCGUCAACCGAGAACCCAAUUGAAAGUUCUACACCAGAAGUGUCUACAACUGAAAGCUCUUCCACCGAAACCUUUACGAUUGAAGUUUCUUCAACCGAAAGCUCUUCAACCGAACUCUCUUCCACUGAAGUUUCGUCAACCGAGAGCCCAACUGAAAGUUUUACACUGGAAGUUUCCACAACUGAAAGCUCUUCAACCGAACUCUCUUCCACUGAAGUUUCGUCAACCGAGAGCCCAACUGAAAGUUUUACACUGGAAGUUUCCACAACUGAAGGCUCUUCAACCGAAAGCUCAACGACCGAAGUUUCUUCAAUCGAAAGCUCUUCAACUGAACUCUCUACAACCGAAGUCUCGUCAACCGAGAGCCCAUCUGAAAGUUCUACACCAGAAGUGUCUACGUUUGAAAGCUCUUCCACUGACGGAUUUACGACUGAAGUUUCUUCAACCGAAAGCUCUUCAACUGAACUCUCUACAACCGAAGUCUCGUCAACCGAGAGCCCAUUUAAAAGUUCUACACCAGACGUUUCUACAACUGAAAGCUCUUCCACCGAAACCUUUACGACUGAAGUUUCUUCAACCGAAAGCUCUUCAACUGAACUCUCUACCACUGAAGUCUCCUCAACCGAGAGCCCAAUUGAAAGUUCUACACCAGAAGUGUCUACAACUGAAAGCUCUUCCACCGAAACCUUUACGACUGAAGUUUCUUCAACCGAAAGCUCUUCAACUGAACUCUCUACCACUGAAGUCUCGUCAACCGAGAGCCCAAUUGAAAGUUCUACACCAGACGUUUAUACAACUGAAAGCUCUUCCACCGAAACCUUUACGACUGAAGUUUCUUCAACCGAAAGCUCUUCAACUGAACUCUCUACCACUGAAGUCUCGUCAACCGAGAGCCCAAUUGAAAGUUCUACACCAGACGUUUCUACAACUGAAAGCUCUUCCACCGAAACCUUUACGACUGAAGUUUCUUCAACCGAAAGCUCUUCAACCGAACUAUCUUCCACUGAAGUCUCGUCAACGGAGAGCCCAUCUAAAAGUUCUACACCAGAAGUGUCUACGUUUGAAAGCUCUUCCACUGACGGAUUUACGACUGAAGUUUCUUCAACCGAAAGCUCUUCAACUGAACUCUCUACCACUGAAGCCUUGUCAACCGAGAGCCCAUCUGAAAGUUCUACACCAGAAGUGUCUACAUCUGAAAGCUCUUCCACUGAAAGCUUUAUGACUGAAGUUUCUUCAACCGAAAGCUCAACAACUGAAAGUUCCACACCAGAAGUUUCUACUACUGAGAGCUCUACCACAGAAAGAUCCCCGACUGAAGUUGCUCCAACCGAAAGCUCUUCAACUGAACUCUCUACCAACGAAGUCUCAUCAACCGAGAGCCCAAUUGAAAGUUCUACACCAGACGUUUAUACAACUGGAAGCUCUUCCACCGAAACCUUUACGACUGAAGUUUCUUCAACCGAAAGCUCUUCAACUGAACUCUCUACCACUGAAGUCUCGUCAACCGAGAGCCCAUCUGAAAGUUCUACACCAGAAGUGUCUACAACUGAAAGCUCUUCCACUGAACUCUCUACCACUGAAGUCUCGUCAACCGAGAACCCAAUUGAAAGUUCUACACCAGAAGUGUCUACAACUGAAAGCUCUUCCACCGAAACCUUUACGAUUGAAGUUUCUUCAACCGAAAGCUCUUCAACCGAACUCUCUUCCACUGAAGUUUCGUCAACCGAGAGCCCAACUGAAAGUUUUACACUGGAAGUUUCCACAACUGAAAGCUCUUCAACCGAACUCUCUUCCACUGAAGUUUCGUCAACCGAGAGCCCAACUGAAAGUUUUACACUGGAAGUUUCCACAACUGAAGGCUCUUCAACCGAAAGCUCAACGACCGAAGUUUCUUCAAUCGAAAGCUCUUCAACUGAACUCUCUACAACCGAAGUCUCGUCAACCGAGAGCCCAUCUGAAAGUUCUACACCAGAAGUGUCUACGUUUGAAAGCUCUUCCACUGACGGAUUUACGACUGAAGUUUCUUCAACCGAAAGCUCUUCAACUGAACUCUCUACAACCGAAGUCUCGUCAACCGAGAGCCCAUUUAAAAGUUCUACACCAGACGUUUCUACAACUGAAAGCUCUUCCACCGAAACCUUUACGACUGAAGUUUCUUCAACCGAAAGCUCUUCAACUGAACUCUCUACCACUGAAGUCUCGUCAACCGAGAGCCCAAUUGAAAGUUCUACACCAGAAGUGUCUACAACUGAAAGCUCUUCCACCGAAACCUUUACGACUGAAGUUUCUUCAACCGAAAGCUCUUCAACUGAACUCUCUACCACUGAAGUCUCGUCAACCGAGAGCCCAAUUGAAAGUUCUACACCAGAAGUGUCUACAACUGAAAGAUCUUCCACUGAAAGUUUCACAACUGAAGUUUCUUCAACCGAAAGCUCUUCAACUGAACUCUCUACCACUAAAGUCUCGUCAACCGAGAGCACAUCUGAAAGUUCUACACCAGAAGUGUCUACAUCUGAAAGCUCUUCCACUGAAAGCUUUAUGACUGAAGUUUCUUCAACCGAAAGCUCAACAACUGAAAGUUCCACACCAGAAGUUUCUACUACUGAGAGCUCUACCACAGAAAGAUCCACGACUGAAGUUGCUCCAACUGAAACGUUUACAACUGUAAGUUAUACUCCAUACUUUACAACUGGACGCUAUUCGACUGAAGUUUCUUCAACCGAAAGCUCAACCACUGAAAGUUCCACACCAAAAGAUUCUACAACUAAAGCCUCCACUGAUCGCUCCACGACCGAAGUAUCUACAACUGAUGGUUUUACAACUGAUAGUUUUUCAUCAAACAUUACAACCAAAAUCCCAACAACUGAAAGCACUCUACCACAGAACGCUCUACAACUGAACGCUCUACAACUGACAGCUCUACCACAGAACGCUCUACAACUGAACGCUCUACAACUGAACGCUCUACAACUACAACUACAACUGACAGCUCUACCACAGAACGCUCUACAACUGAACGCUCUACAACUGACAGCUCUACCACAGAACGCUCUACAACUGAAACUUUAA